UCAUGCUUGAGAUUCUUUUUCUUCUAAUCAAGAUGUACCGCUUGCAAGUCAAAAUCCUAUUUUCGAAUGGUCAUUCUUAUGUAAUUUAUUUCGGGCAGAUGGUCUUGAACGAUAUACCGCUUGAUUAAUCACGUCAAAAUUGAAUUACGGGCUAUUAGUAGCAAGUUCGCGACCAUCUCUCGUGUAUUACGUUUAUACGCGAGUUUCAUUCGUGUGCAUCGUACCGUCGCGUCGCGCAGUGAAAACAAAAUGAUCCAAAAACAAGACGAACCCCCCGUCAAUCCGUUCGAGAACGGGACGAGCUCUUCGGAAAACUUGUCGAAUCAGGCCGGCGGCGUCGCUGCGCGGAGCAGCAGCAGAAGCAACGAGGAAGCAACGGAAAAGCCACCCGUGAAUCCGUUCGAGGACGUAGAGGAACCCGCGGAUCCGCCGAGGGAGUUCGCACCCGUGGUGAACCGACCGAAGUCAGCGGAAAAAAUUUCGGUGCCUUCGGUCGAGCAGAAGCCGGAAGAGGACGAGCCCGCGGGAAAUCCUUUCGAAGACGACGAGAAGCAACCGCUGAAGACCGAUGAGGAAGGAAAAGAGGAUGUACAAUUGACCGCGACGCCGGUCGACGAUCCUCCGUAUCAUGUACCUGGAGUGACUUAUUCUACCGAGCCAAUAAGCCUCGUUUGUCAGAAGUGCAAAAAGACGGUGAUGUCGGAAAUUCGCAACGUUCCUUCCUGGAAGAAUCGGAUGGCGGCCCAGUUACUGUGCUAUAUAUGUUGCUGCUGUUUAUCUCCGUGCGCCUAUUGCGAUAAAGAUCUGCAAGAAAAGAAGCAUUAUUGUCCGGACUGUCAUAGCUUCUUGGGAGUGUAUGCCAAGUGAGAUUACUUUUCGAAAAAGACAA